AUGAGUUGGGCUGUGGAAGAGUGGAAAGAAGGUCUUCCAACAAAGGCACUUCAGAAAAUCCAAGAAAUUGAAAUUCAGCUAGAUAAACUCAAAAAAGAACGUCAACAGCGACAAUUCCAGGUUGAAACCUUGGAAGCUGCACUGCUGAAACAAAAACAAAAGGUAGAAAAUGAAAAAACUGAAAGCAGUGCCCUAAAGCGGGAGCAUCAGACUCUAAUUGACUCAUGUGAAAACCUUGAGAAAACCAAGCAGAAGAUUUCUCAUGAUCUGCAGGUGAAGGAAUCACAAGUUAAUUACCUAGAGGGACAACUUGCAUCAAGCAAGAAACUUGUUGAGAAGCUUGAACAAGAGAACAAAAGAUGGAAGUCGGAACUUGAGCGAUGCCAAGCCAUUGGAAUGCCUGCAGAUGGUUCGUCUGGAACGCCGAAAACAAAUUGCUCAAGGUCCAUCACACCAAAUAAAAAUGUUGUUGACUCUAAACUAGAGGAAAUGCAGGAAAAAUAUAACAAAGAAGUGGAAGAAAGGUGUCGACUGGAAACUGAAUUAAAAAUAAUUCAGGCCAAGUUUAAUCAAACGCAACAUCAAAAUACCAUUAGCCAGCGGAAUAUUGCACGGCAGCGAUCGGCUUCAUCUGUGUUUCCAUGGCAACAAGAUCAAACUCCAAGUCAGCAUGCCUCUCAUUCACUGGAGACCCCAUUAAGGGGUGUUGCUAUGAAUCUUCAAUGGGAACAGGAAGAAACUCCCUUCAAGCACUAUCCCAAGUCUUUGCAAAGGGGAAACUGUUCCACAGGAUGGCUUAAUAACAACACAGAUAGCUCCAAGCUGGAGGAACAGCUGAAACUACAAAAUCAAGAACUGCAAACCAAAGUUUUGGAUCUGGAACAUCGACUUGAAGCUCAGGAGAAAGAAGUGAAAAAUCAUAUGAACAAGCUUCAUGAAAUUCAAUUCCAGUUUGAGAAAGCAAAAACGGAGCUUUCAGAGAAAGAACGGAAACUGACUAAAAACCGUGAAGAAUUGACCAAAAUGACUACACAGUGUGAACAAAGCAAUGCCAAGUGUGUGAUGGUUGAGCAAAAGCUAAAGCAGGUGUCAGACGAACUGAAUUGCUGCAGGCAAAAUGCUGAGAGUACACGGCGCAAUGUUGAGCAGAAGUUGAAAGACAAGGAAAAGGAAUUUCAAGAGGAAAUUUCUCAUCAUCAGCACUCUCUAAGAAGCCUAGAUCAACAAUUCAUCCAGACAAAAAAUAAACUGAACCAGGAAUUGCAACAAGCUAAAAAAGACUACAAUGUUCUGCAGUUAGAUGUUGAUAAAUUAACAGCAGGCAAACAGAAACUGGAAAAAGAAUUGGACGAUAUCAAGCAGCAAUUACGCCAAUCAAAUCAAAUUCAAAAGGCAAAUCAGUCAAAGGAAAACGAUCUGAAGAAAAAGCUUGAAGAUCUUCAGGAAGAAAGAGAUGGUCUUAGAAGUCAGCUUCAGCAGAAUUUUACACAAAUUCAUAAACUGGAAAAUGAAUUACAGAAGACCAAACAAGAUUUUAACCGUGCCAGUACUUAUGGUGAAGACUUGAAAAGUAAGAUCAAUGAGCUGGACUUUGAGUUAAAAAAUCUUCAACAACAACUGGAUGAUCAAAAUAGAUCAUCAGGUAUAACUGUGGAAAACCUUAAACAGCAAAUUUCAAAGAUGAAAAUGGAGCAAGAUGCUGUUCGAAAGGACAUGAAAGAGAAGGAAAGGAGUAUUGAGCAGUUGAAUGACCAGAUUGCUAAAAUGGAAAAUAAGAAUGAAGGACUGCAAAACGAAGUGCAGCUAAAGGAAAAGACAUGUCAGAACCUGGAGGAGGAGAACAGUUCCCUGGCUCAGUGGAAAGCUGAAAAUACCCAAGCUUUAGAUAUCUUUAAGCAUGAAAAAGAAGGGCUGCAGAACAAAAUUAAAGAAUUGGAUCAGAAUCUUGAGUUUUUCAAGAAUAAAAAUCAAGAGCAAGAGCAGAAUCUAGAGAUUUAUCAAAACAAAACUGAAAAACAAUCUGAAACACUGAAGUUACUUGAUGAUGAAAAGCAGAGUUUGCAAAGACAGUUUGAAGAUGUCAAACAAAUGCUAGACAACAAAGCACUGGAGUUACAGAAAGAAAAACAAGCCUUUGAAGAAUUCAUGAUAAAAUCAAAGCAAGAUAAACAUGAUGUAGAAAACCUUAACCUAACCAUCUCUCAACUUACGUCGCAGAUAGCUGAACUGGAGAAAAGUCUGCAACAAGAAACUAACAAGGUUUUAAAACUUGAAGAGUCUCAACGUGUAUUUAGUGCUGAAUAUGAAAAUGUCAGUAAUAUGGCCAAAUCAAAAGACGACCAGAUAAAUCUAAAAGAAACUGAAAUUUUGAAAUUAAAAGACAGCAUAUCACAGGUCACACAGGAUUUUGAAAUGCAACUUGCCCGGGUUGAAACCGAGAAAAAGCAUUUAAUGCAAGAACAUGAAAAGAGCAUGCUUGACAAAGUUGAAGUUGAGGUGGCAAGAGCAGCACUAGAAAAUGAUAUUAUUGUCCUCAAGGGAGAGAUAACUUCACAAGAUUCCUUGCUGAAGCUUGAACAGCAUCUUCGUUCUGAGUUGCAGAGUAAAUAUGAAACAGUAUUAAAAGAGAGGGAAGAAUUGGAAGAAAACAUUGAGGAGGCUGGAAAGAAAUGUGAGAACUUAAAAGUGGAGCUGGGGGAAGAAAUUAAUAAACUAAAGAUGCAGCAUGCAGUAUUGCAAGCUACUAUAGAUGAGAAAGAUAAAUCUAUCCAAAAUUUUACACAAGAACUUGAGAGCAACAUGAAUAAUUUGAAAUGUUUGCAAAUGAUGAACAAAGAGUUGGAAACAAAGCUGGAAGCUCACUUUCUAUCAGAGAAGUGCAUUCAGGAAAAAGAAGAGUUAAUUAAUUUGAAAGAAAAGACAUUAGGUCAGCUUUCUGAGGAAAAUGAGGAAUUGAAGGCUUCUGUUCAUAAUUUAAUGCAGGAGAACAUGGAGCUAAACAAAAAGAAUUCUACUUUUGUUGAUAUGAUGAAGAAAGAAGAAGAAAUGCACGAAGCGCUUGCAAAAUAUAAAGAAGAAUCUGCAACUAAGGACAUCAUAAUUAAUGAUCUUAAAACUCUGUGUGAAGAACUAACAGCGAAACAUGGGUUGCUGGAAAGUACAGUAGAAGCCAAAGAAAAUGCUAUUACACAAUUAAUGGAAAAGAUGAAUGAGGGGGAAAGUAGGCAAAGUGAACUGAUGCACGAGUGUACUGUGCUAGAAGAACAAAUAAAGAAUCUCCAAGACAAAUGUACUGCUGAAAAAGAAAAUAACAAUUUCUUGGAAAAACAAUUAUGUGAGCGAGCAAAUGCAUUAUUAAUGAAAAAUGCAGAAGUAGAGGAGUUAGAAAGAAAGUGCACAGAUGCUUCUGUUGAUUAUAAUUCCAAAAUUGCAGGUUAUGAGGCAAAAGUUAAAGCAUUAGUUGAAGAAAUGGGAGACCUGCAGGGACAAAUGGAGAAAAUAAAAGAAAUUGAUCACUUACAAAAAGAACUUGCAGAGUCUAAUGCAAGACAAAACAAAAUACUAGAGGAUUACAAUCAAUUACUUCAGGACAAAGACCAAUUGACACAACUGAUACAAACUCAAGCUGUAAAAGAAAAUAUUUUUGAAGCAAAAAUAGAGAAACUUGAAAGUGAUUUAGCAACAGUAGAAUCUGAAAAUAUUAAAAGUAGUAAACUAAUUACAGAAAACAAUAUAAUUUCAGACCAGUUACGAGAUACAAUUAUAACUAAAGAAAAUGAACUUCAGAGGCUUCAAGUCCAACUUCAGAUUCUUCAGAUGGACCUUGAAGAUAAAGAGGCUUCAUUAGAAUCUUGCUUAUGUCAAUUAAAACAAUUACAGACUGAUGAUAAAAUUUUGGAGAGCAAGUUGCAGCACAGUGAGGAAAAUAGGGUUGUUCUGGAAAAGAAAGUGAGUACAAUGCAGGAAGAGAUGGAAGUUGUGCAUUUAAGAAUUAGAGAAAGCAAGAAUAAUGAAGAAUCAUUGCUGGAAGAAAUAUCUUGGCAGAAGCAAACAAUUGACCGACUGAAAAUUGAACUUGAAAAGAAAGAAAAGGAUUUUUGUUCCUUGGGAAACCAGCUUAAUGCAAGCCAAGCCAAAGAGAAGCAAUACCACCAAAAAGAAACAGAGAUUUUGGAUCUUCAGGAUAAACUGUCUAAGUCUGAAACCGACGUUAUUGAAUUAAGGAGUCAAAAGAGUAAUUUGGAAUUUCAAUUGGAUUCAUUACAGCAGGAGUUAAAUGCACAAAUGCAAUCUACUUUGAACAAUAUCAAGAACACAUUGCAACUAAAUGAGGAGCAAAGAGUUCUUUUGCAACAGGACUUGAGUAAGAUGCAGUCUGAACUCCAACAGAGUGAGGAGCAAAGAAUUUCUUUGCAAGAGGAUUUAAGUAAGAUGGAGUCUGAGAUGCAACAGAGUGACAAGCAAAGAGCUCUUUUGCAACAGGACUUAAGUAAGAUGCAGUCUGAGCUCCAACAGAGUGAGGAUCAAAGAGCUCUUUUGCAAAAGGACUUGAGUAAGAUGCAGUCUGAGCUCCAACAGAGUGAGGAUCAAAGAGUUCUUUUGCAACAGGACUUGAGUAAGAUGCAGUCUGAGCUCCAACAGAGUGAGAAGCAAAGAGCUCUUUUGCAACAGGACUUGAGUAAGAUACAGUCUGAACUGUUACAGAGUGAGGAGCAAAGAGCUCUUUUGCAACAGGACUUGAGUAAGAUACAGUCUGAACUGUUACAGAGUGAGGAGCAAAGAGCUCUUUUGCAACAGGACUUGAGUAAGAUACAGUCUGAACUGUUACAGAGUGAGGAGCAAAGAGCUCUUUUGCAACAGGACUUGAGUAAGAUGCAGUCUGAGCUCCAACAGAGUGAGAAGCAAAGAAUUUGUGUGCAACAGAAUUUGAGUGAGGUGCAGUCCAAACUAUCACCCAAAAUUCUGCAUUUGACUGAAUAUUUGCCACAUAAGUUAAUUGGUGAAUGUGAAAACAAUAUUCAGUAUGAAAAUGAGGAUAUGACAGCAGAUAUGCAUACUGACCUGUUGAAUAAAGUGAAUUUAACUAAACAGAGUACUGGUGCGGAUGCUUCAGAUUACACUAAGUUAAAUGAAAUUGUGAUUAUGCCCCAAGAAAUAAGGCAUCAAAACAUACUGGAAGAGGAAGCGACUUGCAGUGUUGUUAAUAAUAAUUCAUUAUGUGGAAAUAAAAACAUUUUGAGCAUAAAUGAGAAACAUAAUGAUGCUGUAGAAGAAAUGAAGGCAGAGUUAUCCUUGUUACAGAGUAACUUGAUUGAAGCUCAAAGUGCCUUAUCUGGAGCAAAGAUAGAAAAGGAAACACUCCAGGCUCAGUUGAGAAUGCUUGAAUCCUCAUUAGAAAGUGCUCAUCUUCAUGUGUCUGAACAAAAAGAUUCUUUGCAGCAGUCAGAGAUGAUGAUUCAGGAACAAGCUAAUGAACUAAUUUUAUUGCGUCAGCAGUUAAAGGAGCAACCUGCCAACUUGAAUGACCAAGCUGCUCCUUCUGAUGAAGAUACUGACUUGAAGGUGAAAAGUUUGGAACUGGAAAUUUGUUCUGAGUCUACCGAGCAGUCUGUUGCACUGCUCCAGGAACAACUGUUCAAGCAGCAAGCUGAUGCAGAUGCAAAAAUUCAAGCUUUGCAACAUACAAUAACUACAACAAGACAAGCACUUGAAUCUCUAAAGCAACAACAUUCAUCUGAAAGAGAUGAAUGGCAAUUGAAGUUAACCAAUCUAACAACAGAGAUGGAAAAUAAGUUGGCUGCACAGAAACAACAGACAGAAUUGUUAUCUGCGGAGCUAGAAGGCGCAAGGAUCCAGCUCCAGUCUCUAGACCUCAGUUCCCAAUCACUGCUAAAUGCUAGCUACUUUUCAAAAGAGGAUACACCACAAAAGCUGAGCCAUACUAGUUUGAAAAAACAAGAUGAAAGCAAUAUAUUUGCAGAUAAACUGGAUGUUGUUAACAUGCUAACUAUGACCCCUGACAGUAAAGUACAAAGUUCCUCAGAAGAAAAGCAUGUGUUGUCCUCUGACCAUACCAACUCUUUUGAUGACAAUGGAAAGCUUAGCAUGGUUACUAAUGAUCUGAAUGAAGAUGGUGGAAACCACCAGUAUAUUGUUAAACAGAUAUAUUUAAAAGAAGAGGAAUUGAAUGACCCAGGGAACCUUCAUCAUGAGGCAUCAAUUAACACACAAGUACAAACAGAGCAGGAGAAGAUAAAAACUACGGAAGUGUUACUCAGUGAGAUGGAGGGUUUACAUUCCAAUCUUCAAAAAGAGCUAUUUUCCAAAGCUGCUGAUACGGACUUAGAAACAAAAGUGAUGAUUCUUGAGAAGGAGAAAAACUGUUUAUCUAAUGAACUGAAGUCCUCCGCUCUUGAAAAUCAGGACCUUUCUAACAAAGCAAAAAAUUUGGAAGAAGAACUCAAUGAUAUGAAAACGCAGUUGCAGGUGGACGAAAGUAAAAUUUCUGAAAUGGCCAAGAUCUUAGAGAGCCUUGAGAAAGAUAAAAGGGACAAAAAUGAACAGUUCCUUGAACUUGAAAUGGAACUGAAAUGUACAAAAUCAAAUAAAGCUAAUUUAGAAAAUCAUAUCCUGGACAUGGAAGAUGACCUGGAUAAGCUUAAGACCAAGGAGCAUGCUUUGGAAAAGGAACUUGAAUCAGCUCAACAAGUGUUUCAUGUGCAGGCGGAGAAGCUGACUGAGCUCGAAGCAAAAAAUACCAAGAUUCUUCAGGAUCUUGACACCUUAGCUGAAACAAAUGAGAAACUAGAGAAAGCCAAUAACAGUUUGAAGAUCAAGGUACAAGAGUUUGAGGCCGAGAAGAUAUACAAUGCUAAUACGAACAGCUUGCUUGAAGCUGAAAUAAGAGAGCUAACUAGCCAGUUACAAACAGUUGCAAAUCGAAUGGAGCAAGUUUUGAAAGAAAAAGAAGACUUGACCAAACAACUCCAACAUCUUGAAAAUAAUGCUAAGCUUGGCAUCAAAGAAAAGGAGGAAUUCCAAAAGCAAUUGAAUCAAUUGAAAGAGGAAAGCUUAUCCAUGCAUGAGCAGACUGAAGAUUUGCAAAAUAAGAUUAGUAUGAUAGAGCUUGAAAAUGUGAAACUACUCCAAUCAUUGGAAUCCUCUUUGUUGGAAAAAGAUGAAGUUGUAUCAAAGUUGAACUCCACCAAAACAGAGGUAGCUGAAAUGAGGCAUGCUAUCGAGAGGCUGAAAGUACGUAUUGAAGCAGAUCAGAAGAAAAGCCUGGACAUGGCUGCAAAACUCAAAGCAAGUGACCGAAAAGCAGACUCUCUUCAGGAUAAGAUUGAGGCUCUUGAAAGAGAGCUUCAGGCCUCGGAGGAAAAUACAGAGGAUUUGGUAAUGCAAGCUGAAACUGCAAAGGAACAAGUUGAAGUAUUGGAGGAAGAGAAGAAGGCUAUUGCUGAGAAACUAGAGCUUUUGGUUGUAGAGCUCAAUACCUUGUCCUCUGACAAACAAGAUCUAGAAAAGCAACUACUGCAAAAUCAAGAGAAGUUAGAGGAUCAUUGUUCAAAUUUGUUAAGAAACUCAGAAGCAGCUGAAAAUGAAAAACUCAAAAUGACAGAAGCCUAUGAAAGUUCUAUUAAUGAGCUAGAGACCCAAAUUAGCCAUUUAAAUGAAAAGUUGAAAAACAGUCAUGAGGAAUUAGAAGGACUUAAAGAAAAUGAGAAGAAUCAUAUUGAUCGAAAUUCGUGUUUGGAAUGUGAAAAGGUGCAGCUAUCUAAUCAACUUCAGGAAGUUGCUGGCUUAAAUGUGAGUCUCCAAUCAGCAAACACAAUGUUAAAUAAAGAUCUUCAAAUACUUCAGCAGAAGUUAAAUGAUCACAUGGAAGAGAAGGAGAAACUUCAGCAACAAGUCACAGAUCUGGAGAACCUGAGGCAAAAGAACUUAACGGAUUUGUAUCAUUUGCAGACUGAGAUGGAAAAGUUAAUGAAGGAAUGCCAGAACUUACAAAAGACAGCAGCUGAAUCUCAGCAGGCAGCACAUGAUCUAUCAGCUAAGCAUAACGCAAUGCUAAUCACUAUGGAAGCUUCUGAGAAGCAACUAAAGGAAGAACUAAACACUGCUCAGUUGAAGGCUUCUGCACAUCUCGAUCAGAUAAAUGAACUGACUGAGAACAAUAAUAAACUGCAGAGUGAUUUGACCAUUGCCAAUGAAAAGAUUCUGCAAAUACAACAAGACUUUGAUAAGGAAAAGAAUUCAAUUUCAGCACAACUUGAGGAGUUCAGAAGCCAGACUGAAAGUUUUAAGUUGCAGCUAGAAUUCUCUCAAUCAGAAAAAUGCAAGUUGGAAAAGGACCUUGUAUACUUACAGAAUGAAUUGCAAGUCACUGAUAUUCUGAAGAAACAAGUAGAAGAUUAUAAACAAAGCAUAAGUUGUAUCCAGGAGGAUCACCAAGUUGUGCUUAAAAAUGUACAGGAAAAGCACAAAGCUGAGUUGCAGACAUACCAAGAGGAAAUCGUUGGAAUGAAACAACAGCUUACUGCAAAAGAGGUGGAAAUCAACAAUCUGAAGAGUGCUAAAGAAGCAGCAAAUACUGUCUUAAAAGAUGACAACUGCAAGGUGGAAGAACUGGAAAAAUCUGUGGCAAAGCUGAGAAGAGACAAGGAUUGUGCUCAGAGUAAACUACUGCUCUGGAUGAAAAGCUGCAAACAGCUUGAGCAUGAGAAAGAAUCACUGAAGAAGCACAUUCAACAACAAGAAGAACUGCUCACCAAGCUCCAGAAAAGCCAGAACUCAGAUACAAAUUCACAGGUAGAAGAAUUAAAUGCUGAGCUAGAGGAAUUAAAAGAAUCGUUAGAGGAAAAAACAAAACAAGCUGAUGAAAAUAUGGAGAAAUAUUGGAACCUGAUCAAAAGCACUCACAAACUGGAGGAAGAAAAUGAAUUGUUGAAGGGCAGGGUUGCCUUGCUGAACAAUAAAUUGCAACAGCCAUAUUCUGCGAAUGAGGAAAGUGUGGCAGAACAGCCAGCGGUAGCUACAUCAGAAGCAGAUGUUCAUGAAGAGUCUGAAAAGAUGUCCCCUGGUCAGUCCAACAAUCAGCAAACACAUCUGAAAUCUCCAGAAGUAAGCAGUGUAUCAGGACUUGGCAGGGAUGCCACUAUGAAAUUGGGUGUGAGCAAAAGUCAUAAAAGGUCUCCAGAUGGACAAUUUAAACAUACGACUAAAAGAUUUAGAGGAGCUGAGUCCAAGAAAGAGGAAAAUGAAAUGAAACCAGAAGCUGCUCAGAAUAUUUUAAAGAAGAGCGGAUGUGGUGAAGCACAAGAUGCAACUUCAUGUGACCCUGAUAAAGUUAUGAUGGGUUUUGUCGAGGUUCCUGCUGCAUCACCUAGCCCUUACACAUUGCGUAGAACUACCUUAUUCAACAGGGCUAAUUCCAUUCUUGCAGCUCAGAGCAGGGUAUCUCCAAGUGGACGUAAAGGAGUUACACAAACAAGCAAGAAGUCAGAGACAACAGCAGAAGGCAGCCAUAUACACCAGCAUCCAUCUGAGUCCAGGUGUUCGCCUCCAGCAUUAUUUCCUGGUCUGGUACCAGCUGUGGCACAGUCUCCUCUAUCAUCUUUAACAAAUAGUCUAAAGAAGAAGAGCUUCGUAGGUCUUGAUGGGAAACAUUUACAAAGUAGACGCUCACCGAAUGUCAACAAAUCUAUAGAGUCAAAGAAACAACACAAGGAACAAAUUGCACAGACAGAAGGAAAUGAUAACUGCAAAGUGCAAUGA